AUGGCUCCCGGCGGGGCAGCCCACUCGUCCCGCCGCGGGACGGCCAGCCGAGUGAGCCGCAGCCGCCGGCAGAGGAGAGAAGACCCCGGUGCCCCGGGCCGGGAGCAGGAGAGCAGGACACACCCCUGCCCCCCCUCACACACUCCCCGCCCCGCCGCGGCUCCGCGGGCCGCCAGGAGCGAGCGGGGCCGGGGACAGCGGGGGGCGGUGAGGGGCGGUGAGGGGCAGCGAGGGGCGGUGAGGGGCAGCGAGGGGCAGCGAGCGGUGCCAGGGACGGCGAGGGGCGGCGAGCGGUGCGAGGGACAGCGAGGGGCAGCGAGCGGGGCCGGAGCGCGGCCCGGGAGGAGCCCCCAGCCCCGCGCGUCGGGAGCGGCCCGGGGCGCAGCGCGGCACGUGCCUGCCCGACGGGCGCUGCUCGCAGCCGGGAAGCGUUCUCGCCUGGAAAGGGAAGCACCAUCUCUCUUUCUGGGGCUGGUGAGGUGGGACAGCUGCCUAGACACCGAUGAAGAGCACGUGAAUUUUGCUAAAAGCGAUGAACUGAACAGAGCUCACAGCGAGAACAGAGAGGAACCAGAUGGACCCCUGAAAUUUGAGCUUGAUAUUUGUCACCAGGAUCCAGAAUACAAGUCCCCAGCUCCCUUGCCACAUGCCCAGGUCAAGCUGAUCACCAGCUGGGAAGCAGGAUGGAAUGUAACAAAUGCCAUUCAGGGAAUAUUUGUCCUAGGAUUGCCGUAUGCUCUCCUCCACAGUGGAUACAGUGGUCUACUUCUUAUUGUCUUGGCUGCAGCAUUAUGCUGUUACACAGGCAAAAUUCUAAUUGCUUGUUUGUAUGAAGAAAAUGAAAAUGGACAACUGAUAAGAGUGAGAGAGACGUACGAAGAUAUUGCAAAUGCCUGCUGCAAGAAGCUGUCUCCCAGUCUAGGUGGCAUAGUUGUCAAUGUGACCCAGGUGGUGGAACUGAUCAUGACAUGCAUUUUGUAUCUGGUUGUUAGUGGGAACUUGCUGUCACACAGUUUUCCGUAUGUACCCAUGACUGAGAAAACUUGGUCUGUAAUCGCAUUUGUUACUCUGUUGCCUUGCAUAUUUAUCAGAACUCUCAAAAUUGUUUCCAAACUCAGCCAGCUUUGCUCUUUGGUGCAUUUUGUUAUCAUCUUUAUAGUGAUAACUUAUUGUCUCACACAAAUGCAUCAAUGGUCCUGGGAAAAAUUCAGGCUCUCCCUUGAGUUUGAGGAUUUCUUGGUCUCGGUAGGGGUGAUCAUUUUCAGUUACACUUCACAAAUAUUUCUCCCCACACUUGAAGGCAAUAUGAAAAACCCAGGGGAAUUUAGGUGUAUGCUAAAUUGGACUCACUUUUUUGCCUGUAUAUUGAAAACAACCUUUGCACUUACUGCUUUCUUGACCUGGGGUGAAAAGACAAAGGAAGUUAUUACUGACAACCUGCCAUCAUUUCUUGAAACCCUAGUGAAUUUAUGUCUCUUAACCAAGGCUCUUCUUUCUUACCCUUUGCCCUUUUUUGCAGCCACAGAAAUUGUGUAUUCUUGUAUUUCUAAAGACAACCAUUCCAAUUACGGAUCUCCCCUACUUGCUCUGACUGUAAGAGGUUCAUUUCUCUUGUUAACUCUGUUGAUGGCCAUGUUCACACCACAUUUUGCCCUGUUGAUGGGUUUGUCAGGCAGUGUAACAGGUGCUGCUAUGACUUUUCUUCUUCCUUCUCUCUUCCAUCUAAAACUGAAAUGGAAAAAACUGUCCUUCUUAGAGAAAUGUGCAGAUAUCUCUGUUUUUAUUUUGGGCUUCCUUUGUAGCCUUGCAGGCAUAGUUUGCUCAAUAAAAGGGCUGCUUGAAGUAUUUGAAGGAGCGUAA